AUGAAGUUAAUCAUAUCAACGAUCGUGCUUUUAGCAGCCAUCUACAUAGGGUACAAGUUUAUGUUUAGAAAACCAUCGAAGCUACCUGAAUUAGAUCUUCAAAAAUGGUGGGGUGCCGGCGUUAGGACUGAGGGACAAGAUGAUUCGAUUAGGCCAUUCAAGAUCGAUUUUAACGAUAGUAUGAUCGCAGACUUAAGACAAAGGUUAAAAAACCGACGUCGGUUUACAAAACCACUAGAAGGCACACAAGCACAGUACGGAAUGAACACAGAUUACUUAGAAACCAUUCUGAACUAUUGGGCCAACGACUAUAACUUCAAAGAGAGGGCAGAACUUUUGAACGCAUUCCCUCAUUUUAAGACAAAAAUUCAGGGCUUAGAUUUACAUUUUAUUCAUGUUAAACCUAAAGUAGACGAUAAUAAGAUAGUUCUGCCGCUACUGAUGUUACACGGCUGGCCAAGUUCGUCCAAGGAGUUUGCUAAAGUUAUACCCAUUUUGACUGCACCAAAACGUGGAUAUGAUAUCGUUUUUGAAGUGAUCGCUGUAGACUUGCCUGGGUAUGGGUAUUCUGAGGGAACGAAUAAAAAAGGACUAAACCCGGUGCAGAUGGCAAUUAUAAUGCGCAACUUAAUGUUCAGGAUUGGGUUCACAAAGUUUUAUAUUCAGGGAGGAGAUUGGGGCUCACAAGUUGCCACACACAUGGCUACUCUUUUCCCAGAAAAUAUAUUAGGAUAUCACUGUAAUAUGCCAGUAUCGUCAAGGCCAAUAAGCUACGUCAAGUUACUGAUUGGAUCAUUGUUCCCAAGUCUUAUUGACCCAGUUGCCCAUACAAGAGUGUACCCGCUGAAGAAGUAUUUUAGUUACAUAAUGAGAGAAAGUGGAUAUUUCCAUAUUCAGGCAACUAAACCGGACACUGUAGGUGUUGGCCUCACGGAUUCACCAUCUGGUUUGGCGGCUUAUUUGAUGGAAAAAAUGGCCAUGUGCAGUAACAGUGAGCAGUUGGACAAACCACACGGUGGUCUGGCUAACCUUGACCUGAACGAUGUGCUGGACACAGUGACCAUCAUGUGGGCCAACGAGUGCGUCGUGACCGCUACGAGAUUGUAUGCAGAAAGCUUCUUUUACCCAGAAAUAAAUAUUUUACAAGAUAUACCAACGGAAGUUCCAAUGGCUGCCCUCAAAUUCCUAUACGAAGUUGUCUACCAACCUGACUGGAUAAUUAGGGACAAGUUCCCGAACUUAGUCAGAUCUACCGUUAUCGAUUAUGGCGGGCAUUUUGCCGCUUUACAUACGCCUAAAGAAUUUGCUGACGACAUAUUCGCAGCCGCUGAAGCCUUCAUCGAGUUCCAUAAAAAAGAAAAGUAA